AUGUCUGGACUAGCAGAGGAAACCGCCAAAACGUACCGUGGCAACUGCCACUGUGGCGCCUUCAUCUUCGAGGUCAAGGUGCCCGAGAUCAAGUCAGCGUCCGCCUGCGACUGCAGCAUCUGCUCCAAGAAGGGCUACGUGUGGCUCGUGGCCACCUCUGACGCCGUCAACGUCGUCAAGGACGAGGGCCUGCUCGUCGACUACGCCUUUGGCGCCAAGAGCCUCGUCCACAAGUUCUGCGGAAAAUGCGGCACAGCCACCAUGGCCUCCAUGGCUGAUCCGUCGGCCAAGACCGUUCUCAUCAAUAUCCGUGCCUUUCAAGAUUUUGACGUCUGGGGCCUAGAGAUCCGCAAACGCGACGGCGCCAAACAUGGCGACCCGUACCAGGCGACCCCGUACACGGGCCCGGAGCCGGCCGCCCAGCUCGACGGCGACGACGUGCACGUCUACCACGGAAGCUGCCACUGCGGCGCCGUCACGGCCGCCGUCAAGGUCGACGGCGCCCUGGGCGGCUCGUACAAGGGCAUGGUCCUCGAAUGCGACUGCAGCAUCUGCGCGCGGGGCGGCUACAUCUGGAUCUACCCGACGAAAGAGCAAGUACGCGUCGUCGAGCGCGACGGUCUCGGGGCGAACCUGUCGCACUACGUGUUCGGGUCGACCGUGUGGCGCAAGGCCUUCUGCCGUACGUGCGGCGUGCACCUCAUGAACGACCUCAACCCGCUUAGCGACGCUGAAGUGGCCGCGCUGCCCGAGCCCGCGCGCCAGUUCCGCGCCGUCCGCGGCCACGCCCGCCCCGUUACGCUGCGCGCCUUCCUUGACGGUGCCGAGCUUGACGGCCUGGCGCCCCAGCACUCGACCCGCGGCAAGACGCUGGAGCCGCUGUAUGUCAAUCCGUGA